AUGUUUCGGCUCAAAACUUUUAUAAGCCUUUUUGUUGUUCUAUCUGCAUUGAUUACUGCUGAAGAUCCAUGCCGAUUUGAACAUACAAAAGGUACUAUUGAUCUAUCAUCUUUAGGUAGAAUUGACGGAACACCUGCAUAUCCUGAUGAAUACCCACCUACGGGAUCUAAUUACUUAUACAGUUAUAAUCCAUGCAAGCCGUUCUCCGAAGGUGCAACUUGCAAUAACGUAGCUGUUUGUCAAAUUUCAAAGGAUAAACAGUUUACGUUUAUUCUUGGCAAGCAAGAUAGCGCUGAGUGGAAUCCAGGCAGUGGUUUGGGCACAAUUCCGUCUAUUACAUAUACUUAUGAUGGAAAGCAAGCUUCCAUUCAAUUAAUGUGUGCAACUGAUGAAACCAAUCAGUUAGACGUGCUAGGAGAAGGUCCAAUAAACUUUUACAAAUUCCGUUUGAUUAACAAAUGUGCUUGUUGGGAUGGAUGUAAAGGAGUUCCACCGCAACAGAACUGCACAAUAAAUGGCACUGUUUACACAUCAGACAAACAAAUCAUUCAAUCUUUUCCAUUUUCUGUCUCUAUCAAUCCUUUGCAACCUCUACCAUCACCACCAAAGUUUAGCUAUGCUACUGUCGAUACGAAUCGUCGUGUAAUCAACUUGACUCUAGUGAAUAUUCCGAGCAUUCCUCCUGGGCUGUUUUGCUUGAGUAAUUUACAAGAACUUUCGAUUUUUGAUUCUCCUACUGUAGCAAUUCCAUCGGAAAUUGAUCGUCUUUCUGCAUCGCUGCAGUCUUUGACGAUGUCGCAAGUUUCUCGAUCAGCUCCUCUUCCAGCUGAGUUAUACAAUUUGAGUCGUUUAUCAACAUUGUCGAUCGUCAAUUGUGGUUUAGAAGCACUAUCAGAAGAUGUCGGAAGAUUGAGUUCGCUCAAUCAAUUGACUCUCGAUGAAAAUCUUCUCGUUAGUCUUCCAUGGAGUUUGAAUAAAUUACCGUCUCUCACAACGCUAUCAAUCAAUAACAACAGUCGUCUUUCUUCGCUCGAUGUACUUGCUGGAUCAAUAUCACUCAAUACUCUGCGAGCGUCGAACUGCAUAAUCAAUCAUAUACCGAAUAACAUUCCAAAUUUGCGUACUAUUGAAUUGAAUAACAAUCAACUGACAUCUCUGGACGGUCUCGAAACAAUUACAUCAGUCAACAGUACUUUGUUUUCACUUAAUAACAACAGAAUUACAUCUAUUUCCAGUGUUGCAUUGUCAAAAAUUAUCAGACUUGAACAUUUGUAUUUGUCUAAUAAUCUGCUGACAACAUUACCUGAUUCGAUCUACUCAAUUCAAGGUUUGAAAGCAAUAUACAUUCAAGAAAAUAAGUUUAAUGCGAAAGAAUUAGAGUGGAUUCAAGGUGUAUUUCGAUUAACGAACACUACUGUCGUCAUCUAA